AAUGAUUCUCCUAUUCUUCAUUCUCUCCGUUUUGUCAAUUGCCGCGGCGCACCCGGACAUCCCGGCUUACGCAGUGCACAAAGAACAACUACUGGAUAUGCCUAUCGCCUAUCAGAUGGGCCUUCAGAAUCGCUGGUUCGCAGGACCCACUCCGGUAUCUAUAAUAACCCAACUGCUCAAUACGUUCAUGAGCGCUGUGAACGCCCAGGACUUUAAUCGGCUUAGCCAAAUAGUUUCUUUGAAUCGUGAGGUGUUGAGCCUGAGUGGCAUGCGUCACUUGUACGAUAUAUUUGCUGGAAAUACUUGGAAAUACAGGUCCCAUAUGCAUCCGAAUCCCAACAAAAUCACUGCGACCGUGAUUUUCACAGAUCCAUCUACCAAAAUCAAUAAUCUAUACUGGUUUUUGUUCGAAAAUCGAGAAGGCUGGAAGAUCGUCGACUUGAAACUGAUGUAUGCAAAUUACAUAGAUUUCCAGAGAUUUUAUUAAAUUUUGUGUUGUUGAAAUAAAUUUUCUUGUUGACA